UAAGGAAUAGCGGUACGAUUUGUAUUCACAUUAUUUUUAUGCUAAAAUUCGAUUCGCGCGCAUAUAUAUUAACUAAGUAUUGAUAAUAAUCAAUGUUCAGCCAUGGCAAGCAUGCGGAACGCUCGUUUAAUGCGUGAAAUAAAGAAUCUGGAAGCUACGCCCCCCUGGGGAAUUACAUGCAAUCCAGAUAAAGAUGAAUCAUUGAAUGUUCUACAUGUGAAAAUGUUAGGUCCUAGAGGAUCUCCAUAUGAAAGUGGAAUGUUCGAUCUCAUUAUCAACGUCCCAGAGAAAUACCCCUUCGAACCACCACAAGUGAAGUUUAUUACGCCUGUGUAUCAUCCUAAUAUUGACAAAGGUGGUAGAAUUUGCAUGAACAUGUUGAAGAUGCCACCCAAAGGAUCAUGGUUACCGACCAUAACAAUUGAAACACUAAUCAUAUCUGUUCAAAGUCUCCUCGCUAAUCCAAACCCAGACGAUCCUCUUAUGAUGGACUUGGCUAUCGAGUACAAACAUGAUAUAGAGAAGUUUUUAGAUAAUGCACGGAAACACACAGAGAAGUAUGCUAUAUGAUCAUUAUGGUAAGGCCAUCGAUUUGGUCUUGUAAGAGGUUUGAGUGAAUGUUAUGUAAAAUUGAAUCUAUUGGAAAGCCUUACAUUACAUUUUUUUGCAUGUAAGAUUCUAUUUCAAAUCUAUCAUUUAAAAUAUCAUCAAUAUAUAAUAGAAAACUGUAUUAAACCUGUGACCGUUUUUAUUUUUUUUUUAUUAUAACACAUUGUACUCCAAAUCAGCAAUACUUAGUAUGCCGUUUUGAAUAUUUCGGUAAUUGGCAUUUAAUAUGUGGUAAAGGAAAUUGAAUCUAUAGCUUAUUCCAACUGGAAGAGGAGAAAGACGAAUAAACAACUUUGACAUUGAAUUGACGAAUUGAGAAAAAGGCAUUUUUAAUGUCCGCAUAGUUGUAAUUGGAAUGAGAAUGACAAUUGAUAUAGCUUUGUAUAAAUGAUGACAAAUUGUUCAAGAACUGUUUUGUAGUACAUAAUACAGCAGAACUAUUGGCAAAUUGCAUGGAAUAUGUAAAUCUGAGGUUUAAUUUAUCUUUACUCCUUCUUCAAUUGGAUGGUAUACACAAAUUUUAAGUUCAUAUUUGCAUGGAGGACCCAUACCAUGUUAAUGUGCUGCGGUGUGAUUCGAUGUGGCAUGUUUGAUAUGAAUCGCAAUUUAAGGUCCAUUUCUUUCUGUAAAUACAUUGACUUAUAUAUAUAUAUAUAUAUUAACUGCUAGUACAGAGGUAAAUAAAAGUUAAAAAUAAAUGUUAAUAAUACAUAAAUUUAAAUGAUACCCAUUUCAGAAUUGUUUUUAAGUACAUAAUAGCUUUUUCUAAGUUAACUUUGCUUCUCUUAUAGAACUCUUUUUUUUUUGUUUAUUAAAAAUAUUGUUACCUUGACUGAAUGGAAAAGAAAAGCAUUUAAUAUUUUAAGACUGGUGAAAAUUGCCACGUCAAAAUAUUACUUAUAUAUAUUUAAUUGUAACAAGCGAUAACCCGCGCGCGAUCAGAAUGAGAUUUCGCCUUUUGGAACAACCGCGGUCCGCCCGGUAGCGGCACCGUCGCCAGACUCGGCUCGAUGCUCGCGAGACGUUAUUACUUGUUUAUUAAUGUGUAUUUUUGCUCGUGUUCUAUGUUAAUUUAAAAAUAAGCCGAGAGGGCCUAGUGGUAAGAACGCGUGAAUCUUAACCGAUGAUCGUGGGUUCAAACCCGGGCAAGCACCACUGAAUUUUCAUGUGCUUAAUUUGUGAUUAUAAUUCAUCUCGUGCUUGACGGUGAAGGAAAACAUCGUGAGGAAACCUGCAUGUGUCUAAUUUCACUGAAAUUCUGCCACAUGUGUAUUCCACCAACCCGCAUUGGAGCAGCGUGGUGGAAUAAGCUCCAAACCUUCUCCUCAAAAAGAGGUGCGGAGGCCUUUAGCCCAGUAGUGGGACAUUCACAGGCUGUUACGGUAUGUUAAUUUUAGUGAUUAGAAUAAUAAUUGGAUUGGAGGGAUUUUUGAAAGACUUUUCACGCGAAAUAAUUCGUGCAGGGGAACAUAUACAAACAAACACAUUUCAACAUAGACAUAAUACACUAAAAUCAGGCACUUCUGGCUUUGCCAGAUUCCGAUAUUUACUGUUCAGUAACUCUGCAACAGUAACUGCAACAGUAACUGUAACAGUCCUACGAGAUGUUUUUCGAGAUGUUUCACAAAUUUUCGUCUCAUUCUCAUACCGCGAGGGUUAUACAUAGUAAUAUUAUUUUACUUUGUGACUUUUGUAUGCAUAUUCCCUUAAUAUUGUUUCUUUUGUAUUUUUAUUGUUAUUAUUAUAAGAACGUUUGUCAAACUGUAUUGUGCGCUCAGAUAUGUUGUCUUUUUCAAAUGCUGUAUAUGAACUUGAAUUCGCGUUCACUGAUUAUGUGACUAAGGCCGAAGAAUACACUGAGCAAGCUUAUGUGCUUAGCAUUCGUGGAAUUUGUAGCUAUGUCAAGCCCAUUGGCAUAUCAUAGUUUUAAAUACAUUAUAAAAAUUUAAUGGCUCGAAAAGAGAUGAGAGAACUUAUACCCUGAAUUAGCAUGUAGGCUUUUUAACACUCACUUCACUCCCUUCACACGCGCCGCAGCCGCGGUCGGAUGAUUUCCUAAUUUGAUCCAAUUGUAUCAUAAAUUAAUAAAACAAAUAACUUCGGUUGCUAACGGCACUAAGCUAUCCUGCUCUAACAGCAUUUGAACAAAGAUAAUAGAGUAUGCUUCCAUUACGCCCGAUGUCAUGUUAGUCAAAUAAGGGCGGGAAAUAAAUAAAUAAAUAUUUUUUUGAUAUUGUUA